UCAAGCUUUGGCUCAACAAGCAUAGCUCGCUUGCCGUUCGGCGCUCACCGCCGCGAUGUUCGCCUCAAGGAUGGCCCUUUCGACCAAGAUGAUGGUGGGCGUGAGCAUCAAGGACAUCCAGGGCGCCACCCGGGCAGUGCGGAAGGCCAUCGACCUGGCCCAGCCCGGCGACAAGAUCGUGGCGCUGAACAUCCCCAAGCUGGUCCCGGAGAUGAUGCUUUCCUCGAUGAACGACCCCGGGGAUGCCACGGAGGAGACCUUCGCCGCGUUGGCGAAUCUGCCCUCCAGAGCGGGGGCCAACAUGCAGGCGCAGAUCAAGGAGGCAGCGGAAGCCGAGAUGAAGAAGUUGGGCAAGGAGAUCGCCAUCGACUACAAGGUCACGCAGCCCUCGGGGGACGUGAAGUCCGGGCUCCUGGCCGCUUGUAAGGCGGAGGGCGCCUCGAUGCUGUUCCUUGGGCCCGGGGUGGGCGGCAACGGCAGCAUCCCGCCCUUUGCCGUGGCACACGCCAAGGGGCUCACCGUGUGCAUCGUGCGUGACCACAUCGAGUGAAGCGCUGCCCGCAAGGUGCGCGUCAGUUUCACGACCAAUGAUGUGCCCGGCACCGCGCCCUUUGGGCGCCUUGGUUUUCUAGGGGCAAGUGCC